AUGACGAUACUUGCGCUUUUUGCUCUUUUCGGCCAAGUUGUUGGCUCACCGGCUGAAGUUCGACUCAUCAAUGACUUGAUGAGCGGCUAUGUCAAGGAGGAGCGGCCAAUACUUGACUAUUCGAAACCAGUGAUGGUGACUCUUGGGGUUUCUCUGCAGCAGAUAAUUAAUUUGUCGGAAAAAGAGGAGCAGCUUGAAGUGAAUGCUUGGCUCAAAUUCUCAUGGCGAGAUGAGAAUCUGCGUUGGGAGCCGACGAGCUACGAGAAUAUUUCCGAUCUUCGUCAUCCGCCUGACGCUCUCUGGACACCGGAUGUUCUGCUCUAUAAUAGUGUCGACUCGGAAUUUGACUCGUCGUACAAAGUUAAUCUAGUGAAUUACCAUAAUGGGAUUAUAACUUGGAUGCCGCCCGGAAUAUUUAAAGUCUCGUGCAAGCUGGACAUUUAUUGGUUCCCGUUUGACGAGCAAAUUUGCUAUUUCAAGUUCGGAUCCUGGACAUACACCCGUGAUAAGAUUCAAUUAGAAAAAGGGGAUUUCGAUUUUUCGGAAUUUAUUCCGAACGGGGAAUGGAUUAUUAUAAAUCACGCGACGAAUAUUACCGUGAAGCAAUAUGAAUGUUGUCCGGAGCAGUAUGAAGACAUCACGUUCACAUUGUAUCUUAGAAGGAGAACUCUGUACUACGCAUUCAAUCUGAUAUCUCCAGUGUUGCUAACGAUGAUUUUAGUAAUUCUCGGAUUCACAGUGAGCCCUGAAACCUGCGAGAAAGUCGGAUUGCAGAUUUCUGUAUCACUUGCGAUUUGCAUCUUCCUCACUAUCAUGAGCGAGCUGACCCCUCAAACAUCAGAAGCCGUACCCUUAUUAGGAGUAUUUUUCCACACUUGUAACGCGAUAUCCGUGCUGGCCACCUCGUUCACCGUCUACGUCCAAAGUUAUCAUUUUCGCAAUCAUCAAGUACAUGAGAGAAUGGGAUUCUGGAUGAGAUUUAUCCUGCUUGAAUGGUCUCCGUGGCUGCUGAGAAUGAAAAUGCCACAGAGGGAGAACAACCUCCAAACGCUGAAAAAGAGUUGGGGUGAAAGGAAACGACGCGAAUCGACGGCAAGGACAGCUUUUGAAUAUGCCGACGGCACCAUACAACAGAUCCAUUCAAUGGGCCUAAUGCUCAAGGACAACUUUGACGAGCUCAUAUUUCAAGUGAAACAGCAAAAAAUGGGCGACGAUCGCGGCGUUGAACGAUUACGCGUCCUCCAAAAGAUUUAUGAUCAUGUCAAGAUGAUUCGCGAGCACGACGAUGACUCGCACGAGGACGAUCGUAUCAAAUUGGAAUGGAGAUUCGCCGCCAUCGUCGUCGAUCGUCUUUGCCUAAUCGCGUUCACAUUUCUGAUCAUCGUCACAUCGAUCGUCAUAUCCCUUCGAGCACCCUAUCUGUUCGCAUGA